AUGAAGGUCCAGGAUAUCACAGAUACAGGUAAAGGUAAAGGUCUGUCAAAAUCCUGCCUUUGCAACAGUUUUCCUUUGGAGGAUAUAACUAGCGAUGGUUUUGACAGAAGUUCUGACACUGAUUUUUGGGAGUACUUCACUUCAACAGUUGGAUAUUCAGAUUCAAGCAAACGCGCGAGUACAUUUGUAUAUAUUUGGGAUAAAGCAAGAGAUACAAAGUUUCAUAAUACCAAAGAAUGGGACCUGCCAACUUAUUUAAUGAAUUUAGAUACCUAUACAAACGGACCACAAAUGGAAGAUGACUAUAAAGUUAUGGAAUCGAUAAUUUCGGAUUUAACAGAAUCACCAAACUCUACAUCCGACUAUGCGAUGGAAGAAACCUGCACCAUAUAUAUGUACGGUUAUUUAUGUCAUACAAACUCUACUUGUAAUGAUAGGUAUGACGUCAUGUUCUGCGAAUGUGACAUGGGACUGACAGGUUACCAGUGCUCAGAAGAACAUCCCUGCACCCAUGCCGUCUGGACUGAAUGUCCCAAAGAGAACCGAUUAAGGCGGUGUUUUAGAAAUUGUGAUGAGGAACUGUGUUCAAUGGAAUAUUGCUCUAGUUGUAUGCAAGGUUGGACAGGAAAACUAUGUGACAUUCAAGAGACAUUUUCUACAGGAAGCAGUGUUUUGGCAAGAUAUAUAGACUAUACUGAAACUCUUUUGUUAAUCAAUAUCAUUAUUUACUGUGUCUAUUUUAUGUUAUACAUGUUUUCGCAAAGCUUAAGUUGUCAUGCUCUAAGAUCAAAAUUUUAGAAAAAAACAUAUAGGAGUUUACUUUUUUUGAUAAUCUAUAAGAUUCGACAUUCUCACAAAGGCUAACAUCGUCCUGUUUUGGCAUUAAAUGUUACACUAUAUCAUUGAAAACAGCUACAUACUAUACUGCACUCUCUACAAUGAUUGUUACAAUUUUCUUUGGAUCUCAUUCAAUGCUUUGAUGUUAUCUUCUUUACUAAUAAAUGCAGUUUCUUUCA